UCUACCCAUCUAAAUCUUUAUCAAAAAAAGAUCCGUUAUUGUUUCUAUUCCAAAAUACAAAAAUAAUUGGGCUGUAUUGUACAAAUAUGACACUUUGUAAGUUGUCUUCUUUUUUGUUACACCAUUUCAAACCUAUUUUGUACUUGAACAGAAAGAACGCGAGGAUAGUGUUACCAUGACAACAUGAUCAACAGUUUUAACGAGCAACGAUAUUUUCGUGUCAGUAGGCAAAAAUAGCUUUAUUUUUUAUUUAAACCGAAAGAGAAAAAAUGAUUCCGCCAGCGGAUUCUCUUCUGAAAUAUGAUACGCCAACGUUGGUCAAGACAACCUCAGGGGAAAAAUCUCCAAAGCAGGUGCGCCAAAUAAAAAGGAUCCCUCUGCAGGGCGCUGACACCAUACCAGUUCCACCGUCUCCUAAAUCAAAACCUGCAACCAGUGAUGUCAGCAAAAUGGAAAAUGAGGAGAUCCUGGAUGCUAUCCUUCCACCCAGGGAAUGGUCAGAAGGAAGCCAGCUGUGGGUGCAGAAGGUAUCCAGUGUACCUUGUACAAGACCAGAAAUUAUUCACCUGAAGGAAGAGCUGGACACAAAGCUGGAGCAGAGACAGGCCAGACACACAGGCAUCUGUCCUAUCCGCAGAGAGCUUUAUUCUCAGUGUUUUGAUGAAUUAAUCAGACAGGUAACCAUCAUCUGUGCUGAGAGGGGUCUGCUUCUGCUGCGAGUCAGAGAUGAGCUUAAAAUGACCAUUGCCACGUACCAGACACUGUACGAAAGCAGCAUUGCUUUUGGCAUGAGAAAGGCACUGCAGGCUGAACAGGGAAAGGCGGACAUAGAAAAAAAAAUUUUAGAUCUGGAAAGUGAGAAGCAGGAACUCAUGAGACAACUGGAUGAACAGAGGGAGAGAUGUGAUGCAAUUGAAAAGAGGGAAACUGAGAAGAGACAAGUGGAGGAAAGAAAGUUCAAUGAGGAAAUUCAGUUCUUGAAGAAAACCAAUCAACAGCUCAAGACACAACUGGAUGGGAUGAUAAAUCCAAAGAAGUGAAACCUCUCACACCGGAUAGCAGAUUUAGUACAAGAUGUUUUUUUUUCUCCACUUGAUAAAUGAAUGAGUUGACAGCUGCAGGAAAUUUAGCAUUUUAUUUGUAGAGCAUGACAGCUAUAUUUUAAGCAGUUAACACACUGACCAUUUCUCUUGAAUGUCAAGAGAGCAGCUCACUUGUG